AUGGAUUCUAAAGUAACCGAUUUUCUCACCAAGCAAAUUCUCAUCGAAAGAAACGUGGUCACCUUCCGCUCCCUUAGUCGUCAGCUUAAUCUACACGUCAAUAGUGCGAAAAAUUACCUCGCAGAAUUUCAUCACACCUCGAUGUCCUCCUCGGAUCCAGCCCAUGCAACCAUUCUUUUGGUGGGUGAAGCUAGGUCGAAGCGCAUCACAUCACACUCCGAUCACAUGAACGUGGACUCGAAUCCAACAUCAGACCGGGAUGAGAUGGGCGAGACGGUUCCGCUCACAAAGGUCGUACUUGUGGGAGAGAAAGAUCUCGAAGCCGCGAAAUCACAAUACAUUCGCAUAUUCUCGGAACAUAUAUACAGUUUAUCACCCGCACCGUUGGUGGAUGCUGGUCUUGUUUUGGAACCAUCCGAGAAGGUUUACGAGGUAGAUGCCAAGACGCCAGCGGAGUCAUUGGUUUUGCUUGGGAGGGUUUCUGGGCCUCAUGUGCGCAUAGGCAAAUUUGUUCCUCCGGUUACUCUUCCUAAAGCGCAAGAGCACGUACCUCUGAAGCAGGUACUAUCCAAAGGAGAAGAGCCAAAAUCAGAAAAGUCCAAAGAUGAGCACGGGCGGAAAGAAAGGGAAGAGAAGCUGACGAAGCCCAAGCCGUCAGGUACGCUUAAUUGGAGCAAGGCAAGGCCCAAGAAGGAUGAGAGUAGUGGGAAGGAGAAGAAGAAUGAGAAAGAAAAGAGAGACUCUGUGAUCGACAAAAGCGAAGAGUCUGCGUCGUCAAAAGGGGGGUCAAUUCGCCCAUCUGGAUUUUCUAAGUCUGAGGAAGCAAAACCAGAUGUCAAAAAGAUUACAAAACGCCAGUCUGCGCUACCAGCCAAAUCAGAUUCGGAAGAUGACAACGAAGAGAACACGAAGUUGCCUCAGAAGCAAAACCCUUUGAUUAAGAAUAAAGAGACCACAUCUUCGAGAAGCGAAGUGCAGGGUAGGAAGCGUAAAUUAAAAUUCCCUUCCGAAUCUGAGUCUGAGUCUGAGCCUCGUGGAGCGGUUCGAGCUUCUUCAUCUUGUACCAGUACCGUGAAGGUCAAGAAAGGCGUUAUCAUGUCCGAUGAAGGUGAAGACGAAGAGAUGCCCGCUCGUCCUGCGACUGGCGGUAGAAAGGAGCGGGCUAAAGGUAGAUCAAAAGAAAUGUCUGAAGCGGAGAAGAGCUGGUUGUAUGUUUAUUGUGCGACAGACGAGGUCAUCAUGGCAUCUCGACCACAGCCCGAUGCGGCAUUCAAGGAAGGAGGGGACACCCAAAGUGAUGUUGAUAUGAUUGAGGACUCCGAACCCGAACGCAUCAAGACUAAGCCCAAGAAGAAGAAAGAGAAGAAGGUUGUGCCUAUCGGCAAAAACGGCCUAAAGAAGAAGAGAAUAACAAAGAGUCGGACUCGGAUCGAUGACAAGGGAUACACUAUCACGGAAGACUACUCGUCGUACGAAUCUGUGGACGAAGACCAGGCGGAGGAAGCUUCAGCUAAGCCGAAAGGGAAGAAGAGUACGCCAGCCAAGUUAAAAACUGUGACGACAGACGACCGUACAUCGAGCAAAACUUUCGGCGAAUCGGGUGGCUCCAAGUCUAGGAAGGCUGCUGGGAAAGCGGGAGGACAAGGCAGUCUGAUGAAUUUCUUCGGCAAAAACAGAUAA